AUGGAGCUGCGCUCGGAGCUGCCCAGCGUGCCAGGCGCGGCGACGGCGGCGGCGACAGGGACGGGGCCGCCCGUGGCGUCGGUGGCAUCGGUGGCAGCGGCGGCGGCGGCGGCCGCUUCGCUGCCGGUGAGCGUGGCGGGCGGCUUGCUACGGGCGCCGCCGCUGUUGUUGCGGGCGGCGGAGAAGUACCCGCGGACCCCCAAGUGCGCGCGCUGUCGCAACCACGGCGUGGUGUCGGCGCUCAAGGGCCACAAGCGCUACUGCCGCUGGAAGGACUGCCUGUGCGCCAAGUGCACGCUCAUCGCCGAGCGCCAGCGCGUCAUGGCGGCGCAGGUGGCGCUGCGCAGGCAGCAGGCGCAGGAGGAGAACGAGGCGCGCGAGCUGCAGCUGCUCUACGGCACGGCCGAGGGCCUGGCGCUGGCCGCCGCCAACGGCAUCAUCCCGCCGCGACCCGCCUACGAGGUCUUCGGCUCUGUGUGCGCCGCCGACGGCGGGGGGCCGGCAGCCGGAGCGCCCGCGGGGACCGGAGGCGGCGCAGCGGGCGCCGGGAGCUCAGAAGCCAAGUUACAGAAGUUUGACCUGUUCCCCAAGACGCUGCUUCAGUCAGGCCGCCCGGGCAGCCCGCAGCCGCCGCCAGGCAAGCCCUUAUCACCCGACGGCGCGGACUCGGGUCCGGGGGCAUCGUCCCCGGAGGUGCGGCCGGGCUCGGGCUCGGAGAACGGCGACGGCGAGUCCUUUUCAGGGUCGCCCCUGGCCCGGGCCUCCAAGGAGGCAGGUGGGAGCUGCCCGGGCAGCGCUGGCCCCGGAGGCGGCGGCGAGGAGGACAGCCCGGGCUCCGCCAGCCCUCUGGGCUCGGAAUCCGGUUCCGAGGCCGACAAAGAAGAAGCAGAGGCCGCGCCCGCGCCGGGGCUGGGCGGGGUCCCGGGUCCACGGCAGCGGACGCCGCUGGACAUCUUGACGCGCGUCUUCCCGGGCCACCGGCGAGGCGUCCUGGAGCUGGUGUUGCAGGGCUGCGGGGGCGACGUGGUGCAGGCCAUCGAGCAGGUGCUGAACCACCACCGCGGGGGCCUGGCGGCCGGCCUUGGCCCCGCCGUGCCUCCCGAGAAGGCCGCGGUGGGUGCCGUCGCAGCAGCGGACGACGCGUGGCCGGGCCGCGUGGACGCCGCCGCCGCGGCCGGGGGUCCCGGGCUGCCCGCGCCCCUGCAGGCCGGCCCCGCCGCCCCGCCGCACCACAGACCUUUGCUGGCCGGCGCCAUGGCGCCCGGGGCGCUGGGCUCGCUGAGCAGCCGCUCGGCCUUCUCGCCGCUGCAGCCCAACGCCAGCCACUUCGGCGCCGACGCGGGCGCCUACCCGCUGGGCGCGCCGCUCGGCCUCAGCCCCCUGCGCCUGGCCUACUCGGCGGCGGCGGCGCACAGCCGCGGCCUGGCCUUCAUGGCUCCCUACUCCACCGCCGGCCUCGUGCCCACCCUCGGCUUCCGCCCGCCCAUGGACUACGCCUUCAGCGACCUCAUGCGCGACCGCUCGGCCGCCGCCGCGGCUGUGCACAAGGAGCCGACCUACGGCGGCGGCCUCUACGGGCCGAUGGUCAACGGCGCCCCGGAGAAGCAGUAG